AUGCUGUUCCAGUCCAUCCUCGACUGUAUCUCUGGCACGUUCGCCGCCAGCCCUCCCCCUGCCCCUCCUAUCGACUCUCGGACGCAGGACUCCAUCGCCUCCGAUAUCCUCACCAUAAUACUGACAGCCGAUACACCAUACACCCUGCAUAAACAGCUCAACGAGAAAAUCACUACCGAAGGCUGGUCCGAAGCCAUAGCAACUUCUCUCCUCCACGGCCUUGAGUGCGCCAUUAAAGCAGGGACUCAAAUGGCAAAGGCAGCGUCCGAUGCGCUCACUGAGGCUAAAAAUGCCGCGAUCGGAUUCGCAGAAGAUCAUCCUGUCUAUGCAACGCUAAUCGCCCUGGGAAUACUGGCUAUCUUGAUGCCAUGGGCGCUCGAGAUUUUGGGGUUUGGUGAUCUGGGACCUAUUGGGGGAUCGUUCGCGGCUGGUUGGCAGAGCAGAUAUGCGGGAUAUGUACCCAAGCGUUCUUUGUUUAGCUUCUUUCAGAGGCUGGGGAUGAAUUGGCACUGGGAUGUUUGA